UUUCAGAGUAUGGAAGACAACCCGGAGCCUAUGCAGGCUCUGAACCUCAGCAACCCAACCUUCAGCUCUUCUCCGCCCCGAACCAACCAUCUCAUAAAUCCUGACUCCUUGAGACUUCAGCAUCUUUACACCCUGGCUUUUGCAGAUAGAAUGAGACUUCUCCAACCCUUCUCCCCCUUCCCUCCUCUCCUAACACCUCCUAUGAUACCUAGGUUUGCUCCUCCUCCUGAUCUAGCUAUGUUUCCUAUGGCUAAACUUGAUCCUCGCCUCUUUAGAAUACCAUUCCCUGAAGAACCUAAACCCCAGCACUCCUACAUAGGACUUAUAGCUAUGUCUAUUCUAAGCUCUGUGGAGAAGAAACUAGUGCUAGCAGAUAUUUAUCAAUAUAUUCUUGAUAACUUUCCAUAUUUCCGACACAGAGGACCUGGUUGGAGAAACUCAAUCCGACACAAUCUAUCUUUAAAUGAUUGUUUUAUCAAGGCUGGGAGAGCAUCUAAUGGUAAAGGACAUUACUGGGCAGUCCAUCCUGCUUGUCAACAAGAUUUCCAGAAAGGAGAUUUCAGCCGGAGGAAGGCUCAGCGGAAGGUUCGAAGGUAUCUGGGUAUGAAUCUGGAUGAGGAGGAUGAUGAUACCCCUCCUUCCUCCCCACAACCCAACCUCCAAACCUUUAAAAUUGUCGACAAGUCUUUGAAACUCGAACCGUCAGAAACGAAAAAGUUUAGCUUUGGAAUUGACUGCAUUCUUGGUAAAGUUGAGCAUGAGGACGAUAUUACUGAUGAUGACUCGAAAUCUGAUAUGGAGGCCGAAGGAGAUGAAGAUAUCAAGGUUGAGGUCGAAGUUGAACGUGAUGAGGAACCAGUUCAUGCUGGGUUUUCUCAUUUUAAACCAGGAGCAUAGACCUGUAUAGCUUUCUUUAUCAAAAACAUCUAAAUUGUCAUGUCAUC